GGACCGCGGCAGUGCGCAUGCGCAGGAGAUGACAGCUAACUAGCGCAGCGCACUUCACAGCGGCCAGCUGACACCGAGCACUCCGCCACAGAGGUUUCCGUUUUGCUUUUGUUUUCGGUAACGAGUCAAACGUGACGACUCAACGUUCACGUCCCAUGUUCGAGACACAUUCAAGAAUAAUUGACCAGAGUAUGGCGGCCGUGCCUCAGAGCUCUGACAGCUGCUCGUCUGUGUAGUCGGCUAGCUAGCUGGCUGGCUAGGUGAAGUUGAUAGCGCUGAAUAGCAUCAACGCUAGCUGGCUGAGUUACGGCGGAUUGGUACAAGCUGGCACCGGGACACCUCACCGUCAACCAUGGGGAUACUGUUCACGAAGCUAUGGAGGCUUUUUAAUCACCAAGAGCACAAAGUUAUUAUUGUGGGCCUGGACAAUGCUGGCAAGACCACAAUUCUUUACCAGUUUUCAAUGAACGAGGUGGUGCACACCUCACCUACGAUUGGGAGCAACGUGGAGGAGAUAGUGGUUAACAACACCCAUUUCCUGAUGUGGGACAUUGGGGGCCAGGAGUCCCUUAGGUCAUCGUGGAAUACAUACUACACUAACACAGAGUUUGUCAUCGUGGUGGUCGACAGCACAGACAGAGAGCGGAUCUCAGUGACCAAAGAGGAACUCUACAGAAUGCUAGCACACGAAGAUUUAAGAAAAGCAGGGCUGUUGAUCUUUGCCAACAAGCAGGAUGUGAAAGGUUGCAUGUCUGUGGCCGAGAUCUCCCAGAGUCUCCAGCUUACCUCUGUCAAAGACCACCAGUGGCACAUCCAGGCCUGCUGCGCCCUCACUGGGGAGGGGUUGUGCCAGGGUCUUGAGUGGAUGAUGUCCCGGCUGCGCGUGAGAUGAUGACCUUUGACUUUGAUCACGAGUGCGCCCUUGCUCUUUGUUUUUUCUGCCUCCAAACACGAGCUUGAAAUGAGGAAGAGGGCGAGGUCGCUUGAUGGAUGGCCUCUCUCUCCUCUUUCCUGUGAUGCUGACGUGGGCAGGCUGCUGCCAGGACAUUAUAUUAUCUCCUGUGAUAAUUUAUUUUACAAAAGACGUUUGAACUCUGAACAAAAGAAAACAACAUCAAUAAACAUGACCUUUUCAGAAGGACAUUGGACAACAAAAGAGACACAAAUUAUUUAAACAGAAAUUUCUGCACGGUUUUCCUUUCAGCAAGAGGUCAGCAAAGUGUCUGACUUGGAACAGUACAUGGACUUAUUCUUCAGCUGUGUGUGAGUCUAGCCCAUGGUGGCCUUGCAGUAUUGCCGGACUGGCUGUGGCGGUUUUUAUUGCCCCCUGUGUGUACAGUCCAGUAUUUUCUUUUAACGUGGUGCCUGCUGCAGAAUGUUUAAGCAAUGACGAUUGAUGGUGACUGAAACAUGCAGAAAGAAGGGGGAAAUCACAACAUGCCCUCCUACUUUCAGUCUCCGUGAAUAAUCAGUGAAAUAAAGUGUUUUUAUCUGUUUCAGGUGAAUUGCAGUGUGUCAUGAAUGAGUGUUUCUUUCAGGUGACUCUUCUUCUUUUUCUCAGGAACUAUACUGAGUUUCUGUUUGUACCUUCAGUUCUUCUUUUUUUAGUCCUUUCGGGGGCAUAAAAUGUCACAUGAGCUCAUGGUCCCUGAUGCCUUUCAGGGAGCAUGAUGAACAGCCACAGGAGUAGAGAAGAAAGAGCCAGAGAGUAAGACAGCAAAGGGAUUCAGGGAGAGAAGGAGAAGAAACCAGGUCGAAUAUGUGAGCAGUGUAGCGGCUAAGAGAAGAAAACAGCAGAAUAGUCAGUCAAAUUAAUUCAAAUACUACAAACCAAAGCCAAACUCAUUUAUGGUGCCUCCACUGCUUCACUUAUUUGAUAGACUUGACGACUCCUCGUAAUGUUGCUAUGAGGAAGAGAACAACCUGCCAUUCCUUAAAUUUAUUGUAUUUAUCACAUGCUAAGGUCAUGAUCGUUUUUUCAACAUAUGUAACUAACCUAGUCCUGCAUAUGAUGCAUUUUAAUA